UGGGGUUCCGCACGCGCGUUUGCACGCGGUGAGGGAGAAAUGGAGGACUCUGCUUCAACCCCACCCGCAACCUCCGCCUCGACCUCAGCGACCCCGGCCGCACUGGAACAGCUGGAUAAAGAGCAGAUCAGAAAGGCAGUGGAAGCUCUGUUGGCACAUUCCAGGUCCAGGAAAAACGCGAAUGGAUUGCUUUUGAAUGAGAAUGAAAAUUUCUUUUUAAUGGUGGUGUUAUGGAAAAUUCCAAGUAAAGAACUGAGGGUCAGAUUGUUCUUGCCUCACGGUAUUCGGUCAGAUUUAGCAGAUAUCUGUUUAUUUACUAAGGAUGAACCCAAUGUAACUCCUGAAAAGACAGAACGUUUUUAUAAGAAGCUUUUGAACAAGCAUGGAAUUAAAACCAUUUCUCAGAUUAUUCCCCUCCGAACUUUAAAAAAGGAAUAUAAAGCCUAUGAGGCCAAACUCCGCCUCCUGGGUAGUUUUGACUUGUUCCUUACGGAUGCAAGAAUCAGGCGGCUCUUACCCUCACACCUUGGAAGACAUUUCUAUAAGAGAAAGAAAGUUCCAGUACCUGUAAACCUUAAAGCCAAGAAUCUCUCCAAAGAGAUCAACUCCUCGAUAGGCGGAACUGUCUUAAACAUCUCUAAAAGUGGUUCUUGCAGCACUAUCCGCAUCGGUCACACUGGAAUGCAGGUUCAGCACAUCACCGAAAACAUUGCUGCUGUCACAAGAAAGCUUUCACAGAAAUUGCCAGAGAAGUGGGAGAGUGUGAAACUCUUGUACGUGAAAACUGAGAGAUCGGUUGCCCUUCCGAUCUUUUCUUCAUUUGUCAGCUGUCAGGGUGAAGCCAAAGGAGUGCGCACUCCUAGUCAGAAGAAAAAAGAAGCAAAGAAAAUGCAAAAACAAAAAGAACAUAAUAAAAAACGAAAGGAGAAGAAAAGAAACAAAAGGCUCAUGAAACAGGAUGGAAAGGCUACCUCGGCCCUGACUACAGAGGAGGCGGCCCCUAAAACUAGUGGCCCUCCUGUGAAGGACCCUGGACCCCAGAAGAAAGAGACCCUCAAGCCUGAGAAGAAAGAGACCCCCAAGCCUGAGAAGAAAGAGACCUCCAAGCCUGAGAAGAAAGAGACCCCCAAGCCUGAGAAGAAAGAGACCUCCAAGCCUGAGAAGAAAGAGACUCCCAAGCCUGAGAAGAAAGAGACCCGCAGAGUAAAAGCCCAAAAUAAAGUGCAAGAUGAAUCCGAAGAAGAAAUUCCAUUACUGGUUCCAAUAGGAGAAACUCCUGCCAAAGGAAACAUCGAGGUACAAAAACAUGCCACAGGAAAGAAGUCUCCAAAAAAGAGUCAAGGUCCCAACACACCUCGUGGAAAGAAGAGAAAGGCCUUUCCAGCUUUGGAGACUCCAAAAGCAGCAGAGCCUAAGACCCCAGGUAAAGGCUCAGAGAAGAAGCCAAGAAUCAAAGAAGAGGUGGAGAAGCAAAGAAACGCCCCAUUGGGGAAAAAAGACCCAAGACAAAUGCCCAAAAAGCCAGAGGCCAAAUUCUUCACUACAGCCAAUAAAUCUGCAAGAAAAGCUCCCCAAACCUCCAAACAAUGGCCCAAAAAAACCAAAGUGCCCCAGUCGACUUAAAAUCAGUGACUCAACCAGGAGGAAACAUCAGAGCUGCCUGGAGAACUUUUGAAAAAUACCCGGGUUCUGACCCCUGUUGUAACCUUCUCCAAGAGUGAGGCCUGGACUUAAAUAUGUUCAAACCCUCCACACGUGAUUCUGGUGUAUGUUUGUGAGUGUAGGAACCAGU